UGCAAGUCAGCGUUUACAUCGGACGGAUUAAGUUCGUUUCAUAUCGCAAAUUGAAAAUCGUAUAGAUCUUUUUUUGUCAACAAGAGAAAUAAAGAGAAAAAACUGUGUUGUUAGAUCGUACCAAGUGUCUCUUAAAGUUCUUCCUCUUGAUAUAAAUAUAUAAUCAUUUGUAAUAAUCAACCAAUUUAAUAUUCAAUUUUCAUCUGUUUCUAUAUCGUUUUCCUAUUGAUGCUUUAACAUCCAAAAAAUUAAGAAAAAGGAAAGAAUAAGAAGAAGUAAAAGGAGGAAAAUCCCUACUUUUUUCGCCAUAGUGAAGAUACUAUUAGUGCUGCGAAAUUUUUAUUUUAAAGGAUAAAUCGUUCCUGAGUGAUCGUAAAAAAGAAAAAGGGGCAAAAAAUUACAUACGCACGCACCUACAUACAAGUACAUACAUAUAUAUGUAUACGUAUAUGUAUAUGUAAAAGAAAUAAAGACGACGGGGAUAUCUUUUCGAUUUGUUUUCGUAAAAAGCCGGAAGAAGAUGAGACCACCAGCGUAUAAUGCCGAAGAGGUACAACAGAUUCCUCAAGAGCAAGGAGAAAGGAACGUGGCCAUGGCUGUUUGCGUUCAAUUGGCGGGCCGAGCGAUUAUUAGGGUAGUUUCGCGAUGCGAGGAAGCUCAGGACAAUUGUAAUUUAGAUUUGUCUGAAUGCCAGUUAAUGCAAAUACCGGAUGCGGUUUAUCAUUUGAUGAGACAUACAGAAUUGAAAAGAUGCGAUUUGUCCGGUAAUGUUAUAACAAAGAUCCCGCCAAAAUUUGCAGUGAAAUUUUCCCUUAUCACUGAACUCAAUCUAAGUCACAAUCAAAUGAGUAAACUCCCGGAAGAACUUGCUGAACUACAAGCAUUGGAAAGACUCAACAUUUCGCAUAAUACUUUUAUCGCUUUGCCACCUGUUACCUGCCAGAUACCUCAGCUUAAACGACUUCUUGCCAAUAAUAACUCCAUCAUCGACGUCGAUGUUGAGAGAAUUAAACAUGCACCGGCGUUGGAAUACAUAGAUUUGCAAGCGAAUCCAUUAACGCCCAGAAUGUACGAUCUUCUGAGUACCUUGACUCGUAUCAGAGUGGAAUUAACUCCACGGCAAGUAGAAGAAUGGGAAGAUUUGACGGUCUGAAACUGAUCUUUAGCCUGACUUUAGUCCGAUGAAAGAAGCAAGAAGAGAGGGAUAUUAACUUUGUUAAAAAAGAGCCAGCUGGAAGCUUUCACUUUUUACAAAUGAGCUUUACGGCACAACGUUCUCUGCAAAGAUUCGUUCAAGACUGCAAGAAAUAAUCCUUGCAUAGUUUAAGAAUUUAACAAAUAUUUUGUACAGUGAUAAUACGACUGACAGUAAGCGAAUAUGCAAGCGACUGUAUUAUAUAUAUGAAUUAUAUAUAUAUAUGAAUAUGUAUAUAUAAAUAUUGAUCGAUUUCUAUUUUAAAAUGAUAAUUUUAAACAUUUCUAUAAUAUUAUAUUUUCGAUUCGCAUUUAAUCGAAUCGGAGAAAUCGAUUGCUCUUUUUAAUAGUAUUGUUUCUUAGACUUAGUUUUUUAUCUACUUGUAUGCCUCUUCAAUUUAUUCUAAUCGAUAGUCGUUAAAAAAUCACAAAAAGGAAACAAAUUAUUAUUACUUUUAUCCGACAAAUUUUUCUCUGAAAUAUGUAAGAUAGUACCGUCUACUUAUUUAUUUCAUUAUAUAUAUUUUAAAACUAUAUUAACAGUAUACAACUGCCAAUCUUGCGGUUGAUCGAUCUUUGACAAUAACAUUGAUUUUCUUUAAUGAAAGAGUAAGGUAACAAAUCUUUCUCUUAGCACAUACACAUAUAUAUGUAUAUAUAUACAUAUAUAAAGUAAAUAAUAAAUAUAAGAAAAAAGAUUAUAUAUCUGAAAAUAACAAAAUCGCCUCUGCUGUUAUUUAUAUUUGUAAUUGUAUAGAAAACAAAAAAAUAUUAAUCUGCAAAUGUAUGUGCAUGUACACAUACACAUACGCAAAAUUGUAAAUUCAACACUCUAUCGUAACGUAUUGUUAAUCUAGUCAACAAUUUAUGGGACGUUGCAAUAAUGUAUUUAAAAAAAUGAGAGAGAGAGAGAGAGAGAGAGGGAGAAAGAAAAACAAAAGCAGUUGUUUCCUUUACUCUCUUAAUCAAUAAAUGUAAUAAAAUAACAAAUAAAAGAAAAAGAAGAAA